CACGAGCACUAGGUGUAGCUGGCGAGUAGUUGUGAAAAGAGAGCACGGCCAUCCAUUGGCCCAGCAUUGCUUCGUUGUCAUGUGACCUGCUCAAUCAUGGAAACGCUUACGUGUUCAUGAUACAUGAUAACAAAGAUCUAUUCACUUGAAUGUUGUUACCCCCCAUUGCAAUCGAUAUGGACGGCUAUCAGAACUUCGAGAAUUGGCAUGACGAGGUACGUCGACGCAGAAUCACCUCACUUGAGUCUGACAUUGACUCCAUUGGGCAAUGGUUACCAGCCCGCAGUGCAGAAAUGGCUCGAAGAGCUCUGUCGAACGCACUCAAUCCAGCCUUCUGACUAUAACAUUCCAUUGGGCGCGCGUUUUCGCCCGUCAUAUGCAACUGCCAGACCGCAGCAGGAGAAUGCAGCGAUUGUAGCACUCGCCGGUGCAGUGCAAGAAAUGAGCAAACAUCUUGUUGUUCCCCCACCCCCACCUGUGGCUCUUGCGCUCCCCGCUGCGCCACCCUCUGAUUUCGCACGCUCUCUUGAAGUCCUCAGUGCGGCCACCAACAUAUCAGAUGAAGAUAAGUUGGAGAUGAUGCUGUUGUUCUUAAAGAACAAAGACGAGGCCAUCGUAUAUCUCCACAUGAACAAUCGGUUGAGGGCUCCUUGGGUGCAGAGGAGGCUGGGCGAAAUGAGGAUUCAUGGUGCAUGAUUUGUGAGACCCCAUUUGUAUUUUCGUUUGUACGUCUUCCUGUUCCCAUGUUUUUCCCCCUUUGGUAGUCAGAACUUCGAAGCUUCAACAAUAUCGGUGCGAUAUACAGUGUACUACUACGUACUUCCUCAUCUCGAAUAACCAGUUUGUUUUUCAAACUUUCGUUAAGC